AUGCCGACGGUCACCUGCAACGCGGGGUUCUACGACGAGGAGCAGCAGCGGCUCCACUACCGCUCCGAAUGGCACCGCUACAACCUCAAGCGCAAGCGGGAGAAAGCCUUGCAGGAGAACAGACAUCAACAGCAGCCUGCCAGCACCGAUCCUCAGAAGCUGCUGGAUACCAAGGCUCAAGGUCCCGUGGCCGAUAUAUCAGAUGCAUUUUCUAAGGCCGUCCAGUUGAAGGAUACUGAGAACAGUGGGACAACCCCGAAAGCUGAGGUUCAGGCCAUCCAGUUGAAGGAUACUGAGAACAGUUGA